AUGGGAGGGAAGAAAGAGGCCCAGAAAGAUAAACUGAGAACCCCAGGCAAGAGAUCUUCAGUGGCAUCAGCCAAGCGGUCGGCACUGGGUUAUGUCAGCUUUCAACUACACCCUCUCCAACCCCUCUGGGAAGCUGAGCACGUCUGGUUCUCCAUCCCCUUCUGCUCCAUGUUCUUAGUGGCUCUCUUGGGUAACAGCAUCUUGAUCCUGAUCGUAAUGAGAGAUGAGAGCCUCCAUAAGCCCAUGUACCUCUUCCUGGCCAUGCUGGCCUUCAAUGACAUUAUCCUCUGCUUGGUCAUAAUGCCCAAGAUGUUGGCCAUAUUCUGGUGGGACGCGGGGGAGACCGCCUUUGAGGCCUGCCUCACGCAGGUAUUCUUCGUCCACGGUCUCUUCGUCUCAGAGUCGGCCAUCUUGUUGGCCAUGGCCUUCGAUCGGUACAUCGCCAUCUGUGAGCCCCUGAGGUACACGGCCAUCUUGACCACCUGGGCCAUCGGGAAAAUUAGCAUAGUGCUGGUUGUCCGGAGUGUUUGUGCAGUGACACCGGUGGUUCUCCUCCUCAAGAGGUUACCGUACUGCCGGACCAAUGUGAUCCCCCACACCUACUGUGAUAACAUGGGUGUCGCCAAGCUGGCCUGUGCUGACAUAACCAUCAACAACAUCUAUGGCUUAGUGGGCGCUUCCUUGACCACUGGCUUAGAUGCCAUCUUCAUCGUGGUGUCCUAUGUCCUGAUCCUCCGGGCGGUGCUCAGAAUCUCUUCAAAGGACGCCCGCCUCAAGGCCUUUAGCACCUGUGGUGCCCACAUCUGUGUCUUCACCAUCUUCUAUACGCUGUCCUUCUUCUCCUUCUGCAUCCACCGCUUCGGCAACAGCGUCCCCCGCCACGUUCACAUCCUGCUGGCCAACGUCUAUCUCCUGGUGCCCCCCACGCUGAACCCCCUGGUCUAUGGCAUGAAGAUCAAGGAGAUCCGGGUGCGAGUGCUGAGCCUGCUUUUGCAGAAGCAGAGGAUCCCCGAAAGCCGUGCAUGA